AUGCCUAGUCUGGACGACUAUCUGUCUAUCGCAGGCAUCAUAUUUCUGAUACCGUUCAUAAGUGCCACUCUUGGAGAGGUCGCCAAUGGUAUCGGUCGGCAUAGCAUAACCGUGACUACCCAUGAGUCGAUCAUGCAGAUGAAGUGGGAAGUAGUCAACUUGUACUCAUACACAAUGUCCAUUACAACCAUAAAAUUAUCGAUCCUGGCGCUUCUGGGUCGUAUCUUCGUUACUGCUCCGCGCAGCUUCCAUAUCUGCAUCUAUAUAUUGGCUUGCUGGAUGGUUCUCUGGGCGAUUGCCUUAAUCUUCGCCUACAGUUGUCAGUGCCGACCAUUCUCGAGCCAGUGGAGUCUCAGUGAAAACUGUAGCUCAAGUUUGAAACUCGAAUACUCCGCCAGUAUCCUCAACGCCGUUCACGACGUGAUGAUGUUUUGCCUCCCGCAGCGGAUCAUUUGGAAUCUUCAUCUUGCCGCCCGCAAAAAGCUGGCAGUGAGCAUAUCGUUUUUUAUCGGACUCAUCGCCACGCUGAUGGCAUUGUUGAAGAUAGCUUACAUUCAAGGUGCACCCGGCACAAGCCACAAAUCGGAUUUGUAUGCCAUCGCCCCGGCUCUUAUUUUCAACGCUAUGGAGCCUCUUCUCGCGUCCAUUUGCUCCUGCCUUCCAGCCAUCCCGUAUUUCUUCCGCCACGUGCGACUAGACAGCUUCUAUCAGCUCUCAAGCCUAUUCCGCUCUAGCAGGAGCGUCAAUAGCUCGAAGGAGUCCGCAAUCAACAUUGGCAGGAAUAACAGGCACUACUCCAACGGGGCGUCGACAGAGUCCAUUACCGAGCUGACAAAACGCUCCGGAGAGGAGGUCUAG